UUAAAAAUGUUAUUCAUUUAUGGGUUUUUUUGUUUUUGUCUUCUUUUUUUUUUUUUUUUUUUUAUCACAUAUGAAUUAUGUUGAAAUACUUUAAUUGAAUUCAUAAAUGUAUUUAAAUAAUCAUAAUAGAUGAUAUAUCUAAUAUGUAUAUUGUUGAAACCAUCGAGUGUUUGAUCCCGUGUAUCUACCAAUCAAUCGAGUGUUUGACAUCGGGUGUGAUAUGCGCGUAUCUCUUACUUCGAAAUGGCGACUGACAGGUAAAUCGCCCACAAACUUGUGACAAAAGCAGCAUUUCAUUAGAUCUAAUUGUAAUAUGUUGAUGAUGCUUCAGUUAGAGCAAGCAUAUUCAUGCAUGGAUCCAUAAUUUUUUCCCAGGGGAGUGGGUACCACCCGGAGCAAUCGAAACAAAGUGCAUAAAAAUAGUAACACUACAGUAACAGGAAUCUGGGAAUUUAGAAAAGGAAAAAAUGCAACGACCCUCUGACUCUUACUUACCCCUGCUUUUACACUGUGAUGUAUGCAGGAGUGAGUCAGAGCGGACUCCAUAUUCAAAAGUGGGAAGUGGGAAUUCAGCGAAACCAGCUAACGUAGCUGUUUUGCUAGUUUGGGGGAGGGGGGGAGGCUCCAUAAUGGUGCAAAUGCGGGAGUGAUUCACUCCCGCUAAAUCAAAUGAUAUUCUAUGUUCCUUAGUCAAUAUAUAAAUUUACAACUCGUUAGGAUCUCCAUAAUGGUGCAAAUGCGGGAGUGAUUCACUCGCGCUAAAUCAAAUGAUAUUCUCUGUUCCUUAGUCAAUUUAUAAAUUUACAACUCAUUAGGAUCUCCAUAAUGGUGCAAAUGCGGGAGUGAUUCACUCGAGCUAAAUCAAAUGAUAUUCUAUGUUCCUUAGUCAAUAGAUAAAUUUACAACUUGCAACUUAGGAUUUGUGAGGCUCUAUUCUACAGUUUUCAACCAUUUCGAUAUAUUCCAAUUUCUCGAUUCAUAUUUGUGCGCCGUGCUUGAUGUACUGAAGUUUCAACUUCCGAUUGUCAAGUGUCCGGGUAGCACAGAGGUUGCGCUCUCGCUUCUCACCACUGCAACCUGAGUUCGAUCCCCGUGAUUAGCAGUGGUUGUAUGUGAGAGGGUAUGGCGGUCGCCCACUCGGACACAUGGGUUUCCUCCGGAUACUUGGGGUUUUCUCCCACAUAAAUGACCAACUAGCGGAAACGUCUGUGCAUCAAAGGAUCCCAUUGGAAAUAAGCUUUCGAGCUUUCAUGGGUUAACCUUGGUAUUUAUGUUUGUAUGUAUAUGUAUACUGAAUAAACAUUUAUUUUAUUUAUUUGCUUAUGCCAUAUAAGUUAGUGUUUACAUCAAUGGCCGAGUAUGGAGGAGGGUAUUGAAAGAGUCUGAAUUUAAUAUCAAGUGAAGAAACAAACAGCAGAGUGUAAAUUCUUUCUGCAACCAUAUGAUUUUCCUUUCUUUGUCAGAAUGGCUCGAGUAACUACAUUUUCGCGCUGAUUGUCAAUGUUUAAGUUUUUCAGUAGAUCCACCUACGCGAUCUUGCGAUAACAAACAUGGUGGAGCAGACGAAGAAUUUUGCAUGCUGUACAUGAUAUUUAAUGAAAAACAUCUUUAUUAGACAUGCCCGAGCACAAAAUUGGUACUCCUUUUGGUGUAAACAACAUUUGGGACUAAUGCAAGGAGCUUAUUAUCGGUCAUUCAUAAAAUUAUUUUGCACCAUUACGGAGAUCCUAUGGAAUUGUAGCCCUAUCCCGAAAACAUCAGAAAAAAAUCGGUUAGGUUACAUUAUUACAGCUACUGUUUUGCUUACCUUUUACAACUGUAUUCCACGAAUCUAGAUCACUGUAGUGUACAUAGGAUUCAGUUAUCAGAGUAUAUUCUUCAAGUUAAUCAUAACUACUUUGACACUGAUUGGAAAUUUGUGUGCUGACAUCAUCAUAUGCAAAGAAAUUGAAAGGCAAGGAGGCGACUUAAAAGUCAAAAUAUUGCCCUGACAGUCAUUAGCAGUAUUAACCAUGUUAACUCCGAGUGGUGGGAUUUCACAGAAAGGUCGCAGUUAAUGAAAAUCCAGCACUUACCAGACAGUAGGCACCAGAAUCAGAUUGCAAUUUACUGAAAGAGUAGGAACAAAGCUGACGUGUAUAUCUCCAAGACUUACAAUGACCAACGUCAUUGAGUUCACCUCCAGUUGCGUUUUCUAUUUAAAUCAGUACUUUAGAACUUUUUGGCCAAUAAAAGUAUUGUUUGGUCAGAUCCUUCAUCCUCCAUCUACUGAGACAGAGUUGAAAAUUCUCCGUGCCAUGUACCUAUUGCGACAUAGAGAUGACUUGAAAGCUGUGAUGCACAUAGUAGAUUCACUUCCCAAGGAUGAAGACAUACUGCAAGUGUUUGACCACCAUACUAGAUAUAAUCUCCUUCAAUUAGCAGUUAUAAACAAUAACAAAGAUCUUGUAAAUAAACUAGUUCAGUAUAGAUAUAGAGACUUGAAUCUAAAGUGCAACACUCCUGUGCAUCUGGCAUCUCAUUUGGGACACUACAGUAUUCUACAGGCUCUGUUGGAGAGUGGAGGCAGGAGUGGUCAGAUUGCAGGGAUGUGUUACCCUGGACCCCACUCCCCAAUAGAGGCCUACAGGAUCCUAGGCCUACUGAACUAUUCCUACUACAAAUGUCAAGUCAAUGUUGACCUUCCAGUGUUUUAUGCCAUUUCCAGUGACAAUGUGAACUGCAUGAAUCUUUUACUGACUCAAAUGCGAACAGAAAGAGUUCCUUUACCAUCUCCUUCAAGGCUUCUACAUUUUGCUUGCUGCAAAGGAACCAUUAAUUGCCUUCGCUACUUUGUGGACAGAUAUCCAGAAGAAGUGAAUUCACUGAAUUCAAAGAAAGAGACUCCACUUCUGCAGGCAGUUGUCUGGGGGAGGGAAUGUGCAAAAUGUCUCAUAGAUAAUGGUGCUGAUGUGAAGUGUGUUUCUAGAACUGGUGAAACUGCCCUACACAGGUUGUACUGCAAUGACAUUGAUGGUUUGUUUACCAUAUUUGAUACCACUAAAUAUCUGUUGACAACAGGGAUUGAGCAGUUGGUAAAUGAAGUCAAUGCUUCAAUGGAAACUCCACUACAUUACCUGGUGACACAUGUGUCCUUCAUCGGAGGAAAUUUGCUCCACCCAAAUCAGACUCAGAACUAUGUGUCCAGGUUGAAGUUCCAACCAAACUACCAGUAUCAGGUUAUUCAGUCUUUAGAACUCCUGCUAAAAUUCAAUGCUGACCCUCUUAGGGAGAACCGUUACGGCCUGCAGCCAAUGAACAAGCUUCUGCAUGUGGCACUAAAAUCGUGUGGUUCCCCAAGCAACAAUUUGCCUGACUGUGUCCAGUGUUCCAUUGAUUCAAAAUAUUUGUACAAAAAUGAUUUCAACCACUUGAAGAGUGCUCUUGAGGUUCUACUGAAAUAUGGAUCAGACCCAAAUAGUCUUUGCUGUGAAGGUCACUCUGCAUAUCUUAUAUUCCUGCAGUGUUUGUUAGAAAACAAUAUUCUGGAACUUUGUAAUCAGGCACAAGAUGUGGUUGCUUCAUUAUUUAUAUUGUUAAAAUAUGGUGCUAAAUUGAAUUUCCAAAUGAACAAUGGCUCUACGUGUUCUACCAUUCUGGCAAAGUUUGCAGCCAGACACUUUACAAUACCUCUGUCUGAUGAUUCGGAAACUCUGAGACAGGAAUUUUCUAAUCUUGUUUGCGAGGUUUUGCGUGUUCACUUUAUCCAUGGACUUAAUCCAAAUGUAUUGACAAAUGCAAAAAGUCAGUAUUUGAGAGGAGGCACAGGAAAUGCAAUAAUAGAGUUUGUUAAUCUAACCAGACUUGUUAAAUGUGCCUCAGACUUCGUUGUCAUUCGCAGAUGGUUAACAGUUAUUCUGCAGUGGGGAGGAGACCCUGAUAUAGAACCUUACCAAUCAGAACCCAUUAUCUGCCAUUCUCAGAGUUCCAUAUUCCUUCGCCAUCAGGGCACGCAGCCUGUCAGCCAUUACAUUCAUAAGAUGAAAGAUGAGGAUGCACUCUAUAAAGAUGGCCACGCAGAGGAAUUGUUGAUGCUUUUCUAUCACUCUAUGAACCACAAGGAACUCUAUGAAUGUCUCAAUUCUGCUCGCUCUAUGACAAGAUUUCAUCCUAUGGGAGCAAUUGGAAAGAAAUUGCUGCAAAUUCUCAGUUCGAUGUCGGAAAGCCCCAGAAGUUUGAUGGAGAUUUCACGUGUUGUGAUUUACAAAUCAAUAGGAAGAAAAUUGGCUGUAAAAGUACCACAGUUACCUUUACCCAACUCAAUGAAAAGAUAUCUAUUAGACAUUCAGUAAAUUUAUAAAAUUAAAAAGAAAAAUUCAAAAAAAUCCAGCCUCUUUUUAUAAACAGAAAUUGAAUAGAGAUGUACAUUUUUGACAGUGUAUAUGUAUUACAACAGAUAAAAUAAAACUUCUCAGGCAAGACUGAAUCUCUAGUGAGAGGGGUAUAUAUACAUUUACGCAUAUAUUUCAUGCUAGUCAGACGACAAGAAUGCCACCAUGAAUAAAAAACCAAUCCAAAUAUAAAAUAAACAACUAAUUAAUAAUCAAAAGCAAAUCAAACUACUCACUAGUAUCAAACUCCAAUGUGGGUCGCGGUGGAUGUCAUAAUUGAAAAGUCGCAUGGUGUGCACAUGUCAAUGUAUAUAUGCUCUGAAGGAGAGAGAAAUGAAGUGCAAUCAACCGUGUGUAUCCAAUGAUGACUACUUUAACGAUCAAACAAUUAUCAAUUAGAAUAUAUACCACAGAAUCUUCCAUAUCUGCUUUAUAUUUGGAUAUUUUAUUGAACAUAGAUGUCAAUGGCAAACUAACAACACAACUUUUAUAAUGAAUGAGAUGACUUCAGCUUCUCUAUCGUCAACUUCCCUUAUUUAUUUAGCAAUAUUCCAUUAUCACCUGCAUAUGGCCUCUCAUCUGAUUCGAUACACAAGAACAUGUUCUGCUUAUGAUCAGUUUUUAAAUUGAGGCAAGCUACUGACAAAUAAGUUGAUGUUACAAGGGAUUUAAAAGUUCCAUUUCGUAUAAAGUCAGCAUUUCACAAAUUAUAAUGAUCCAGUUUGUAAAUACAAGCUAUCACUGCAUCGAAUUUCAUACCUAUUGCUAGGCCAUUCUUUAUAUGACUACAGAUUGCUCUAUUUACCUGAUCAAGAUAUAGCACUCAUGGUGGGUGUGACCAGUCAAAAUGGGAUGCUUACUCUUCAAGGCACCUGAUGCCACCUCUUGUGUGGCCAGGGGUCCAUGUUUGCCCUACUCUUAAUUUGGGAAUUAUGAAAUUGACAGGAAUGGGGUAAUUGAAAAAUGUAAUUGUAAUUAGUUGUAUUUAAAUAGUUUUAUUUAUAACUGACUCUGCUUUCAAUUACAAGUAAUUGAAUGUAUUUUAAUGCAUUCCAAAAAAGUCAAGUAUUUUCAAUUACAUUCCAUAUUCAAAUUUAAAAGUUUGAAAAUGAUGGAAUGAAAGUGUAUGCUAAUAAUGGUGCUAUACUGUUUCACUGUGUCAUGGGAUGUUUAUGCAAUGAUAAGAUGUCUCAUUAUGUCUAUAUAGACUGUUUCACUGUGUCAUGGGGUGUUUAUGCAAUGAUAACAUCUCUCAGUAUGUCUAUACUUGAUGCAGCUUGGCUACUUGUAUCAAUGUGGUGGAGGUCUAAUUUUGUUCAAUUUUGUCUCAUACCACUGGAAGAAAAAAUACCCAGACCAGAUUUUUAAAAUAAAAUUCAAUAAUUGAAAUGUAUUUUAAUUACUUUCUUCAAAGUAAUUUUUAAUUACUUUCUUCAAGUAAUUAAGAGUAAAUAAAUGCUAACCCUCUUGGUUAAAAUCAAUGUUCUGGUAAUUGCAAGUAAUUGAAAAUAUUCGUCAAUGUAAUUACCUUCACUUAUUUAUUUGAUAUUUAAUUUCAAUAAAUACAAUGCUUUAAAUCAGGUUAUUGAUAUUAAUUAUUUUGAAAAUAAAAAUUAUUUCUUGAUUUGUAGAUUUAUAAUUUUUUAAAGAAAGAGGAAAAAUAAUAAUAACUUCUUACCUGUAACAAAGAAUGGAUACAAUUAAUAAAUAAAUGAUUCACAGAAUAAAUAAAUAUAACAUGGAUAAAUUAAUUUACUUUAUUGAUUAAUUGAUUACUUCAAAUUCUCUUUCUUUGCUAGGAAUAUGUUAUAUAUGUCAUAUAUGAUGUUAUGUAAUACAUGUACAUACAAGUGUAUAUGAUAUGUAUUUAUGUUUAGAUUAUGAAAUAAAUUACAAAUACAUGUAUCCAAGAAUGAGAAUAGGAAUUUUGUAUACAAUGAAAUUCAUGUUUGUUGCAGUAUUCAUGUUAUAAAUGUGAAAUUGUGUUUAUUGUUGAAUCUGCUUGUCAUCAAAUAAAACGUAUGAUGAAA